CUGUCGCGUUCCUUAUGUAGACUAUUUCACUUUUUAAACCGAUUAUUUGUCUCGUUCUCUUGCGUAUUUGCUUCAUAUCAGGUGGCCUCCUGGGAGACUGUUCUACGUCAGUCGGUUAAACCUUUCUUCGAGUCCGCAAUCACCGUCAGCAUCGACUCACCCCUCUGCCCGCCUCUGGCUGAGACUCUCAGUCUGGCUCUCGAUGCUAAACCCCUAUCUUCUCUCCUUCCUCCAUCUCAAAUGGCACAAUGGUUGUCACAACUUUCAUUAACUUCCGCCCUUCCCAACAAUGUCAGGCGACUGCCAAAACUAAUCGUCAGACUAUCACAACACGCGACGCAUGUGGCGACAGAGGCUCCUUGUCUCUCCUGGAUCAACCAGCUUCGGGAUUGUCUGGACAACUGGAGCUGCCGUGUUACUGAGCUUUCGCGAGCCACCCAACAGCUUGAUGCUGACUCGCCCCCUCACAAGCACCUGGCCGUCCUGUUGAAGGGCCUCCAAGGUCCGACUGCCAGCCAACAGGCUACUGCUGAUGCCUCCAAGAUUUCGUCUGAGGACUUGGCUAAGGCAAAGGAAUGGCGCAGCAGGUACACUGCUCUUCAACAGAACAAGAAGUUGGCCCUCGUGGAAUGGUUCCGUCUUUGUUCUGGUCGUCGUAGUCUAAGUUCAACGGGGGCUCAGCUGGCUGAACUAGGGUCCGAUUACGAGAUGGGUGAGGAUGCGCUUCUAAGUAUGUUUACCGAGGACGUAGAGGAGGGCCUCCCGGCAGAUGUUCUUAACAAGUUGGAUGACGUGGACAUGCGCCUCGGACUGUCUCACAGGCGCGGCCUUCGCCAGAGCCUCUUCGACCUGCCGCGUAGAACCAUGUUUGCACGGCUGAGCGAUUACCUCUGGAAAGCGCAAUCUCACUGCGCCACAGCAGACAAGGUGGAGACUCCAACCUUUGGGGAUUCAAACGAUUGCAAAAGUCUCCAGUCAUCGGCUGCUGACUGUCUCGGAAGACUGCUGGCUAUUCGCUCAGCACUGCCCCGUCACCCGGAGGACCCCGAGGUCAGCCGGGACCUGGGCGGCCGUGACGGCGUGGAACGCCUUCUUGGUUGUCUAGAUGAUCUCCUUCUGCGGUGUUUUGAUGCUCUGGAUCCAUUGGGAAAACUGGGAGACACCUUUGAGGCUCUGCAAACUCGACUUUUGGAGCUAGAUUCCCUUCGACGAAUAUCAGUGGUCGAUGGUGACGCAACUGCCGGCGAUCUUCAACCCUGUUCAAUGCAGACACUCCGUUGUCUGAAGGUUUCACGUUUGCGCAUUGCUGAGCUCGCAUCUGAAUGCAUCGCGCAGUGGACCAAAUUCUGGGAGACUUGCUCCACCCUCCAGUCCACGAGCGAAAAGCCGUCCAGCUGCUUGACCGCCCUUCUCGCAGACAACGAGGACAUCCUCCCGCCCACCUUGGCGACAGUUCCACCCGCUCUCCUCAAACCGUCUUUAACCCUCCAGGCCUAUCACAGUCGUCUAGAAGACAUUGCAAGCAGGCUGAACCAGCCCAUACCAGAGCACUGCCGUCUGAUCACGCCUGAGAUUAGAGUGCAGCAAGAGACGCUUGCUACUGCCGCGGCAGAUCUCCUCGCAUGUUGUCGAGAUAUUGGGUCAGACCACACCUUGGGUCCUGAAGCCACUCUCCUCACAGGAAUGUCACGCGUGGCCAACUCUAUCACCGAGGAGAUUGCAUCAUCUAAUAACUUCCUCCUUUCCUCAAAGCCCAGCCUAAGUCCGACCCCACCGGCGGUUGAGUCCCUUCAGACCGACAGCCAGCUCCGACGACUGAUUGGUCAGUUGUCGACUAGUACCAGCACCGUACUCCCCACUCUCCUCAACUACCUGCACUGUGUCACACCCCUUAUAGAGUCGCUGCUUUACCUGGUGAGCACUCGUUUGAGACAGUGGUGGGCCCUGCUCUAUGCCUGGCUCAGCGUCGGUGAAUACAUGUCCCGGGUGGUGCUCAGGCUGCUCAACGACGGCUUCUGCAAACCAUCGACCCUCUCAAAGGCCGCGGCUGCAGUCGGAGUCGGUGGUGAGAGUGGCAAGGAGUCA